ACGGGGCGGCGUUUGCCGUCUAUGGUAGAAGGGGGGCGGCGGGCAUCUCUAUGGCAGCGGCCGCCGCGCUGGCGGGCGGGCGGGCCCCGGUGGCACCGGCCGCCGCGCGGUGACCGGGGAGGAGGAUGCCCCUGGCUGCCUACUGCUUCCUCCGCGCCGUGGGCAAAGGCAGCUACGGGGAGGUGAGCCUGGUGCGGCACCGGCACGACAGCAAGCAGUAUGUCAUCAAAAAGUUAAAUCUUAAAAAUGCUUCCAGUCGAGAGAGGAAAGCAGCAGAGCAGGAGGCACAGUUGUUAUCCCAGUUGAAACAUCCAAAUAUAGUGACCUAUAGAGAGUCCUGGCAGGGAGAAGACGGCCUGUUAUAUAUUGUUAUGGGCUUCUGCGAAGGAGGAGAUCUGUAUCAUAAACUUAAGGAGCAGAAGGGCAAACUUUUGCCUGAGAAUCAGGUGGUGGAAUGGUUCGUCCAGAUUGCCAUGGCCUUGCAGUAUUUACAUGAAAAACACAUUCUACACAGAGAUCUUAAAACUCAAAAUGUUUUUUUGACACGAACAAAUAUUAUCAAAGUGGGUGACCUCGGAAUAGCCAGAGUGUUGGAAAACCAGUGUGACAUGGCCAGCACCCUCAUAGGCACGCCGUACUACAUGAGCCCUGAACUCUUUUCUAACAAACCCUACAACUACAAGUCUGAUGUUUGGGCCCUGGGCUGCUGUGUUUAUGAAAUGGCUACACUGAAACAUGCCUUUAAUGCUAAAGACAUGAACUCUCUGGUGUAUCGAAUUAUUGAAGGAAAGCUGCCACCCAUGCCAAGGGAUUACAGCCCACAACUGGUAGAGAUAAUACGAACUAUGCUCAGUAAAAAGCCUGAGGAAAGACCUAGUGUGAAAAGCAUACUGAGACAGCCAUAUAUCAAGCAGCAAAUCUCUUUGUUUCUGGAAGCCACAAAGGCGAAAACAGCCAAAAGUCAUAAGAAAACACUGGAUUCUAAACUUAAAGAUCCCUGUUUUGUAGUCUCAGUUAAGAAUGAAUUUUGUAACAGGAAUGUUGCACAGCCAAAGCAUUCCUUUGAGCAAGCCAGGAAAAAUAAGGUGAAUGAAGAGGAAGAGGAAUGCAUCACCAAAUGUAAACCCACCAAAUUUGGUCCCUCAGAGAAACCACCUGCUGAGCUGGGAAGAAAACCAAGCAAUAAUGAUUUGAACAGCAUGGGAGACUCCUUAGCUACAAUUAGUAAAGUGGAUAUUGAUAUCUUACCAUCUGAAAAGAAGACUUACGGAAGUGAGAAGUGUAGUAGCGAGCAUAUUCCAGAGGAUAAUAAAGCAAAGAAUUUCAGUGUUCCAGGGAAUUCUAAAACAGCAUACAGUAGAUCACUGGUUAAGGAGGAUGGACUACAGCAAAAAACAAAGCAAGCUUUUAAAGCUGAACUUGUUGAGUCUAGGCAGUCUGCUGUUGACGCUAUAAGUAACGAUGAUGACGCUUUGAAACUCCUGCAGCCUGUACCAAAAGACCAAAAGCAAACUGACCUGGAUGAUGUCUGUCGUGGAACUUCAGGAGACCCGCUGGAAAAAAUUACCUCUCACUUAUGUCCUCAUAGCUCUGUCCACGAGCCCUCUCUCUCACGGCAGCGACGGCAGAAGAAAAGGGAGUUGUCUGAAGAUUGUUCAGAGAAGUUCAGAGCAGUUGCUCCUCGACCUUUACCUUUACCUUCUGAUGUGAAUGUAAAGACAACACAGAGCUGUGCAGAGCAUGCUGCUGAAGUCUCUGAAUCUGUAAAUAGCACCAAAACCGGUCAAGCUGCCAUUGCAAAGGAGCGGCCCUUGUCAGCAAGAGAGCGUAGGAGGCUAAAACAGUCUCAGGAAGAGAUGGUUCCCUCUGUGAUUCCAGCAAGACGAGCAUCAAAUAGUGCACUAGUUGAAGCAAAAUCACAUGUGGACAAUCAUGUUAAAGUUGCUCAGUCCUCAUCAGAUGCCAGUGUUUCUCAGAAAAAAAGAGGAACCCUUUGCCUGUCUGAUGAUGAGUUAAGCUCUUCCACAAGCUCUACAGAUAAGUCUGAUGGAGAUUCCAAGGAGAAAAAAGGCAGUAUGAAUGAAAUGAAUGAUUUGGUGCAGCUAAUGACUUGGACACUGAAAAUGGACUCCAAGGAGAAUUCUGAAUGCUGUGUAACCUCAUCUCCAGCUUCAGAGUUUAAACUUCAUAGGAAAUACAGAGACACUUUGAUUUUGCAUGGAAAAUCAACUGAUGAAUCAGAGGGAUUCAAAUUUGAAGAGUUUCCUUCAGGUAUGCUAUCAGGUCCUGAAAAGAUUAGGAGGAUGGUUGAAAUCCUAAGAUCUGAUGUGGUGCAAGGUUUGGGAGUGAAACUUCUUGAGAAAGUGUAUAACAUCAUGGAGGAAGAAGAUGAAGUGAAGCGAGAGCUGCAGUUGCGGGAACAUAUGGGAGAAAAGUAUGCAAGUUACAGUGUGAAGGCACGCCACUUGAAGUUUCUUGAAGAAAAUGUGAAGUUCUGACCAGUUAAAACUUUUCCCUUAGAGAGAAGAACAGAGUUUUAUAGCCUGUUCAGUAGACUGGACCAGCAUAUGAAGCAUGUUUAUCCUUUGACUUCCUUUGCUGGAGUAAAUGGAAUGAGCUUGGAAAAAGCGUUACAGCAUUAGCUGCAAUAUUCUCCAUGUUAAAGUAUGAACCAGGCUAUCAAUUUCUCAGAAGAGGAACUGUAUGUUUAGUUCUUAUUCUCUUAAUGAACUUUUAGAAAAGUUUAUUUUAUAGAUACAAAGAUGGAUGGAUGGAUACUAAGUUUUCUAUAUAAAGUAGUGUCAAAAAAUGGUGUUUGGGUUUGAAUUAGUCAAUGAUAAAGCGGUUUGGUAUGGUAACAUACUAAAUACAGAAAUCUCUGCCAAGGUUAUAGUGUGCUAGGGUAUAAGCUAUUACAGCAACUGUCUAUGAAGGUUUAGCAGCAGGAAGAAACAACUUCUGUGGUUUUUUUUUUUUUUUCACCCCAAAAGCCCCUGCAGAUUCUGUAAAUUGCUAAUGUAAAAUGCUAAAGGAGUUUGCUGUAUUGCUUUCAAGCACAGUGACUUUGGCCUUAGCUUUUGCCUUUUAUUGCUGAGGCAAUCACAAAGGAGUGAAAAGCCCUUAACAAGUCUUGAAAGUAUUUGAAAGGAGCAGCUAUGGUUACCCUCAUUGUAGCAGGAGAGUAUCUCUUCCCCUUACGAGUACUUACUCCUUUUAGGAAUAAAAGUGUCCAAGACCAGGGCCAUUCAGUCAAAUAAGUUUGUCUUAUGUUACAUGUGUCGUAACACAAUCUGACUGAGAAAGCACGUGUGUUCUUUUUAAAGGAUAAUUAAGUCAUCAAGGGAAUUGAAUUUGUAAAAUAAAUUUUUAAAACA